AUGUACUAUUUCAAUCAUGCCGCUUGGCAACCUGUUUUACCGUUAUCAGCAAAUCGAAAAAGUUUAUUUAAAGAUCCACGUACAGAUCUUCUUAGUAUAUUUCUUCUUCAAGUAUUUAUUACACUUAUUCUAUGCAAAAUAUUGGGCAAAAUUCUUUCGUUUAUUCAUCAACCAGCUGUAAUCGGACAAAUUCUAGCCGGUAUUAUUUUAGGACCUAGUGCAUUAGGUUUUAUACCUGGUUUUAGUUCAUUUCUAUUUGCACCACAUACAUUAGAUUCGCUUCAAUUAGUUUCGUCAUUAGGUUUAAUAUUUUUCAUGUUUUAUCUUGGACUUAAAAUGGAUCCAAAUGAAAUAAGACAUGGUUGGCGUCAGACAUUACCGAUUGCGACAGCCAGUAUUGCUAUUCCAGUAGGUGUAGGAUGUGUCGUUAGCUUAUGGCUCUAUAAAAUGGUCUCACCUGAUAUUAAUAAAAUUGCAUUUAUGUUAUUUAUCGGUUCGGGUAUUGGUUUUUCAGCAUUUCCUGUUUUAGCAUCGAUUUUACAAGCAAAUAAUAUCAUAACAACACCUCUCGGCGUUCUCAUAAUUAGUAUUGCUGCAAUUGAAGAUAUUGUCGUAUGGGUUAUAUUAGCUAUUGCAACUGCAUUAAGUGAAGGUGGUCCAUCAAUAGGAGGCCUUUAUACUCUUUUAUUAACGUUUGCUUUUCUAUUGAUAAUGUUUAUUAUUGUGCGUCCGUUACUCUCUCUUUUACAUCGAUAUUAUUUUCGUCGUAACGACGAACAUAAUAUUUACUUAAUAGUGAUUUGUUUACUUAUUCUCGUUGCCGCAGCAUUUACAAGUGAAAUAAUUAAUAUUCAUGCAUUUUUUGGUUCAUUUAUUGCUGGUCUUAUUAUUCCUCGUCAACCAAAAGGAUCAAAUUUACAUGAAUUUUUAUCUGUUCGUAUUGAAUUAUUUUGUAUAGAAUUUUUUCUUCCACUUUAUUUUACAAAUUCUGGUUUAAAAACUCAUUUAUACAUGUUAAAUACUUUUCAAAUAUGGUAUACACUAGUUAGUCUAGUUUUUAUUGUUUCUUUGGCUAAAAUAAUACCUGUUACAUUAAUGACAAGACUGAUAACAAGAAAAACUGAAACAUGGUCUUAUGCAUUUGCAGUUGGAAUUCUAAUGAAUACACGUGGUAUUGUACAAUUAGUUGUACUUAAUGUUGGUGUUGAAUUAGGUAUAUUAUCACCGAUUAUUUUUGCGAUGUUUGUUGUAGUAGCUGUUAUUUUAAUAUUUUUUACAACACCAGUUCUUUAUGUUGUUUAUUUAAAAAAUAACGCAAUACAAAACAAAAAAGAAAUAAAGGCUCCAGUAUCAAAGAGAACUCAUCUUUAUACACAUCCUAUUGAACACAUACCGAAUAAUCGAUUAUCAAAAUCAUAUAGAAAAUGGCGAUUACAAACAACGUCAGUAUAA